CCCUGCUUCAUGGCUCAAGUUCACGCUGCGCUCCAGGCAUUAUUGGACUCUAAUGCUCAAUGGGCGCGCGACGUCGACGCCGCUGAGCCAGACUUCUUUCAGCAGUCCGCGAAAGGACAAUCACCCCAGAUCUUGUGGAUCGGCUGCGCUGAUUCUAGAGUCCCAGAGUCUGUUAUCACAGGUGCUCGUCCUGGUGAUAUUUUCGUCCAUAGGAACAUCGCAAAUCAAGUUCACCUAGAUGAUAAGAGUGUCUUGUCCGUACUCCAAUAUGCGGUCGACUUCGUGGGGGUUCAACAUGUCGUUGUUGUCGGUCAUAACGAGUGUGGAGGUGCCGCGGCGUGUCUAGGUGCCGCUCAGUCCUCCCCGUCUAUCUGCCCAGCCGUUACAGUCCCUUCUCUACCUGCGGAAUCACCUCUCAACACCUGGUUGGAUCCUCUCACAAGGCUUGCACAAUCCCUUCAUCUUUCCACCACUCCACACGUUGAAGCCUUGCCUGUGCUCGUUGAAGAGAACGUCAAGAGGCAGGUUGAGAAUCUAGCGAAGAUCCGUGACGCUUGGACGAAAGGUGUUUGGAUUCACGGUUGGGUAUAUGACAUUGCCAGUGGUACACUGAGGGAUCUUGGUAUCUCUCAAGGCCCUCAGUCCAAGUAGGUGAUGGACGUUAGACACCAGUAGAACACGUUGUGUAACAUGAAAGAAAUGCCUGGGAAGUUAUACCUGUAUGUAGUAAC